AUGGAGACGGAGGGCCCGAGUAUUGGGUGUCAGAGGGGGAAAAGGAAUCAUCCAUUUCACAUGUAUGGUAAGAUCCUAAGUCAGACAUCCGCUCGCUGUCGUCCAUAUACUCCUGGUGUUCCUUUUCCUCCGUGGGGCUUGCAUCUUGGAACUGCUGGAAUUUGGCCACCAAGGACUGGAAUGUCUGCGGAGGCGGAGUCACUGCAGAACUAUCCGACUGCAUAUUAUCCGAUACAAGCAGAAAGUCUUCUCCAUCAGUGGCCACAGACGGGUCGUUCUCCGUAUCCUGGUCCUGCUCCUGCUCCCGAGAAGUGGCUUUGCGCACAUCAAGUACGGGCCCGCCAUUUGAUUCCAGAUCACACGGGGCAACCAAAGGCACAUCAGUAG